AGCAGUUUCGGUCGUAUCUUUAGUCUCUCGGCUGCACUCUCAACUAGGAGCUGUAUAAAAGAGAGUGCCUGGCCAGCUAAAGAGUUAGUUGGGGAUUAAUUGUUGUGCUGUGAAUUGUGGAAAAGUGCCUUACCUUAGCACAGCACCGAGGCGUCAAAGAAUUAUUCUCGGGAGUAACUUUGAAGAAGAUUUUUGUAUGAAGUGCAAGUGACUUGAGAUGCAUCACAAAAUGAGUGCAAGUGCUAUUUUUCAGGCAACAAUUAUUGGAAUUUUAUUGUUGGAAUGUGCAGUUCUUUCAAUUCAUGCUGAAAAUGUCCAUAGGAGAUUCCCACCGGAUUUUGUUUGGGGAGUGGGUAGUUCGUCUUAUCAGAUAGAAGGGGGAUGGAAUGAGGGUGGUAAAGGUGAAUCAAUUUGGGAUCACCUGACUCACAAUCAUCCCGAGAAAAUUGCGGAUCAGAGCAAUGGAGAUAUUAGUUCCGACAGCUAUCACCAGUGGCGAAGAGAUGUUGAGAUGGUAAAGGAAUUAGGUGCUCAUAUCUACAGAUUUUCCCUAUCCUGGCCAAGGAUUAUGCCCACAGGGAUAAUCAAUACGGUUAAUAAAGCUGGAAUACGGUACUAUAGCGAUUUAAUUGAUGAGCUCUUGCGCUACAACAUUACACCAAUGGUCACAAUAUAUCACUGGGAUCUGCCACAGAGGCUCCAGGAGAUGGGUGGCUGGACAAAUCCUGAGAUUAUCAAUUACUACUUAGACUAUGCAAGAGUAGUUUUUGAGCAAUAUGGGAACCGUGUCAAAAUCUGGACAACAUUCAAUGAACCAUGGCAUGUAUGUGAGCAGUCUUAUGGACAGGACUAUCUGGCACCAUCCUACGAUUUCCCAGGGAUCCCAGGUUAUUUUUGUGGACACAAUUUGCUGAAAGCUCAUGCGGAAGCUGUUCACAUGUACAGGACACGCUUCCAGCCAACUCAAAAUGGUAAAAUCGGCAUAACUGUAGAUACAUCAUGGCAGGAGCCAAAGACUGAUAGUGAUGAUGAUAAAGAGGCUUCCGAAAUGGGAAUGCAAUUCUAUAUUGGAUGGUUCGCUCAUCCAAUCUUCUCAGCCACAGGAAACUAUCCUCAAGUAAUGAUUGAUAGAAUAGACGCUUUAAGCAAGCAGCAGGGAUUCCCAAGAUCCCGACUGCCAAAGUUCACUCCUGAGGAAAUUGAGAGGAUCAAGGGAACGUCUGACUUCUUUGGAGUAAAUACCUAUACAUCAGUUCUUGUAACGAAAAAUGAUCGGAACAAUACAGUUGGUCACCGAGUGCCAUCCUUCCAGCAUGACAUGAAUACCGUUGAGAGCAAGGAUCCAGUCUGGCCAAGAGGUGCCUCCGUGUGGCUUCAUGUGGUGCCAUUUGGAAUGUACAAAUUGCUGAAUUGGAUCCGGAAGGAGUAUGACAAUCCUCCAGUUUACGUGACUGAGAAUGGGUACUCAGAUUAUGGAGGCACGAAAGAUAUCGGUCGAGUCAAUUACUACAAUUCCUACCUCGAAGCAGUCCUCGAUGCCAUCGAGGAUGGCUGCAAUGUUAAAGGAUACAUUGCAUGGAGUUUAAUGGACAGCUAUGAGUGGAAGGCUGGCUUUACUGAGAAGUUUGGCCUCUACCACGUUGAUUUCAAGCACCCAAAUCGAACGAGAGUUCAGAAGACGUCUGCAAAGGUAUUCGCCAAGAUAAUUAGCACAAACAAAAUUGAUUGGGAUUAUCAGCCAGAGCCAGAAGUUUUUAUACCAUCCGAACCCAGCAGUUCUUGCCAAAUUUCUUUGAGGUUUUCUUUGCUCAGUGUCGCCCUUAUUGGGAUGAUAUGGCGAAUGUGAAUUAUCCUCCGUCUAGAGAAGCUUUUAUUGAAACAAAUCGGUAUUGCACUUAAUGUACAUUUUUGUGAUAGCGUGACAAAUAAAAAUGUAAAUUCUUUUUUUAAA